AUGGCAGCGCUUGGUGCACGAAUGGACAGGAAAAAGAAAAUGAAAGGAAAGAAAAAGGUGAAAAAUCUAUUGGAGAAGAAGGCUAAAGGCUUGAAGUUGAAUCAAGUCGACAGGAGACGACUGUUGAAGCUUGAGGAGAAGAUGAAGUUUAAAAGUGAACUUAACGAAAGUGUGAAGGCUGAAAUGAGCAAGCUACGACUAUCAGAAAAAGAAGACGUGGACGAAACCAUUAAUGUUGACCCUUCAUCACCGAGUGCACCCUCAAAAAAGCCAAAGGAUAAAAGGGUAUCAUUCAGCGGAAAUAUGGAACGGGUCAAGGUGUUCGAUAAGAACGUGAAAGAUCUUGAAAUCAAGCCGUCAUCAGCGUCUCCAGGGAAGGGCAUACUGCGAGUCAAGCCGAAAAAAGCUGCGCUCAAGAAGAAGAAGAAAAGGUCCAAGUUCCUGAUAAGGCUGAUACUCCUGCACCUGCUGCAACAACAGUGGAUCACAAUGAAGAGAAAGAAAAUGUUCAAGAAAAUACUAGUGCUGCAAAGAACACUUUCAAACCUAAGAAGAAGAUUACGAUACAGGUAA